CGGGUUGCAGGCAAGGACAUACUGAAUGGAUGAACAUGUGGUCGGUAAUCAGGCGCUGAUAAGUAAUGCCACACCUGUCCGCCUGCAUUAAGUCUCCAAGCAACUUGGCUACCCAGCCAACGUUACCUACCCGCACACCCACAAGCAAGUUUCAGCUCAAAGUUCACUGAGGUAUUCUACUGAAGGUUGCACUGAAGAUCGUUGAAACCUCAGCACAACGCUGCAAAAAAUCUGCAAAAAAAGAGAAAGAAAUCAUCCUCAGACUUCAUGGAGAUACCAGUAUUUACUGUUGAUGCUUUUACCAAUCAAGCUUUCAAAGGCAAUCCCGCUGCUGUUUGCUUGCUUCCAAAUGUCCUACGGGAUGAGCUGUACCAGAAAAUUGCAGCGGAGAUGAACUUGUCAGAGACUGCUUUUAUUGUGAAAUUGAAUUCAUCGGAUGAUUUCACUUCAGGGUCCCGUUUUGGUUUACGCUGGUUCACCCCGAUGAAUGAAGUAACGCUGUGCGGACAUGCCACCCUUGCUUCAGCAGCAGUUUUGUUUUACCACAAAAAAAACCAGAAUGCAGCCCUCGUGUUUGAGACUUUGAGCGGAGAACUCUAUGCUCGCCUUCAUGGGGACUCCAUAGUGAUGGACUUUCCUCUUCAUAAGCCUGUUGCACAGGACCCAAGUGAAGUAAAAGAUACUGUUAAUGCCACGGUCAGAGGCCUGUCUGUUCAGGAUCUGUGUUACAGUGCUAAGACCAAGAAGCUGCUCAUACGUUUGAGUGACAGCUGUGACAGGUCAGUGCUGACAUCCUUGCAGCCGAACGCCUCUGACCUGCUACGCAGCGACAGCACUGGGAGGAUAAAGGGAGUCAUCGUCACAGUCAAGGGGGCCCCCACGGCGCAGCCCGGCUACGACUUCUUCUCUCGGUACUUUGCACCCUGGUAUGGCAUUGCAGAAGAUCCCGUGACUGGCUCUGCGCACUCUGUACUUGCUGGCUAUUGGUCAGAAAAACUGGGGAAAGAAAGAAUGCUGGCCUUCCAGUGCUCAGACCGGGGUGGGGAGCUGAAGCUGACUCUGAGGAGUGACGGCAGAGUGGACAUCUCCGGCCAGGCGGUCAUAAUUUUGAAGGGAACACUCACACUGUAGUCUCCCUGAAGGGGGGAGGGGCACUCACCUGUAGAGAACCUCCAUUACAAUGUCUUCAUUAAAGUGUCAGAAACCCCA